AUGUGCCAGAACACGUGUAACGCUACUUCGCGUGCUGCGUCUCUCUUGCUCGAUACGAAGUGCUACUGCUCCAAGGACGGUAUCACCAAGAUCGAGUUUGCCGCCAAUCCUCCACCCAACUCUGCACUUUGCACCAUCAGAUGUCGCGAAACAGAGCCGUUGCCAAAUAGCCUGGGGUCUCUCCCUCUCAGUUGUGGUGGAUAUUACAACGGAGCCCCGUGCAUCGCCAACCUCUACGACGUCUUCUACAUCCUCCCCGGUUGUCACAACAACCUCUCAGGCGUCGUCUGGCACGACUUUCACGUCUGCAAGCUCUUCAACUUCCUCCACAGCAACAUCUUCAACCUCCUCAUCCAUGUCAUCAACAACCUCAGAUUCUUCUUCCUCAACGGUAUCAUCAUCCUCAGAUUUCUCUUCCUCGACAUCAUCUUCAACCUUCUCCUCCACUUCCCCUCCACGUCAUCGUCAUCCUCGGAUCCUUCUUCCUCGGUAUCAUCUUCAAACAUCCCCUCUACGUCAUCAUUCUCCAUCCUCGACAUCGUCUUCAAGCUUCUCCUCCACGUCAUCUUCAAACCCCUCUACGCCAUCUUCCUCUCUGAGUUCUAG